UGCCUUAAAAAAACAGAGCUGGCACUGUCUCUCGAGCUCUGAGCAGAAUCCAGUCUUGACCAGGCUACUUACUACUCUUGACGACCUCACAGAACUUACCAAUAUGGCCAGCAAGGGCUUGCCUGACUUCAAGAAGCAAGUGGAGGGGGCAGCCCAGGAAGCCGUGGAUGUGGCAGGAACAGCAGCUCAGCAAGUGGUGGAUCAGGCCACAGAAGCAGGCCAGAAAGCCAUGGAACAGGUGGUCAAGACUACCCAGGAAACCAUCGACAAGACUGCUAACCAGGCCACUGAGAGUUUCUCUGGUUUUGGGAAAAAAUUCGGCCUCAUGAAAUGACAGAAGGGAGAUGUAGGUGACUCCUCUCCAGGCCAGGACCUCUGGUCAGGUCUUUGUUUGUCACCUCAUUAAAGCACCUGUUAUUACCUA